GGCUGAAUCUAAGGUGAAGUACCUCAGGGUUCUCCCCUAAGCCCUAUAAAUCUGCAGCCCGUUCCGCUUGGCGCUCAUAUGAGAGCAGAGCGCGGAUGCGAUUGGCUGUCGUUCCAGCAGCGCAGCGUCCACGCACAAAACCCCGAGAGCGCGCACCACACGCACCACACUCGACACACUUCUCACACACUUUCUUCAUCCCCACCAUCACACUACAGCUUCGGGCUUUUCUUUUUCGCUCGUGUGAUGAUAUCUUGCAGGAGAGUUCAGUGCACUUGAACAGCAUAGCGUGUUCUAAUAAAGCUUUCUUUCCUUGGCGCCAUGGAUCGCCUGCUGGUUCUCCUUCUGGGAUGGAGCUGCGUGUGUUGUGGAUAUUGUGCCAUGCUGAAAGAUCACUUCGCUAGACUAACGAAGGACACGAAUUUUGGACACAAAGUGGACACGUAUCAGUUGGAGAAGUCCGUGCAGGAUACAGUGUCUGAGCACAUGCAGAUGCUCUACAGCAAAUACACGAGCGCGAGCUCUCCGCUCCGUGACGGCAACACGGUGCGCAGCUUUAAAGCGCAUCCGGGUACCAUCGACAACAAGCAGCUUCAGAUCUUCAAUCUAACAUCCCUAACCAAUUCGGAGGAUGUUCUCUCAGCAACGCUGCACUAUUAUAUCGGAGACUUCCAGAACAGCAGCCAAAGAUGCUUAAAGUCCAAAACCUGUGCUCGCCAUGGCCUCAGGCGGCACGGUCACAUUCACCUCAACAUCUGGAGCUUCGCCUCUGUGAACGAAAGCACCAGAACCUUCGGACGCUUCCUCGUUAAUGUCUCCACAAUGUACAGAGACUUCAUAUCUUGGCAGUGGAGAGACAUCACUCGUGUAGUCAAUGAAGCAAAGAAUUAUGAUGAGCUUCUCAUUGGCAUCUCCAUCGAUUCACAGGGACAACAACCAUGGAAGAAUCUCUUGUCUGAUCAUUCACCGUACAUUCUGGUCUACGCCAACGACUCGGCCAUCUCCGAGCCUGAAAGUGUGGUGUCCACUCUCCAGCGACACAAAGGGAGCUUAGUGCCUGGACUUCAGAAACUCAGACUACACAACCACAAUAGUACUUUACCACACAGGACAAAGCGCUCCGCCAAUAUCCUUCUACCACUGCAGAACAACGAGCUCCCGGGUCCCGAGUACCCUUAUGAGAUCCACACCUGGGAUGAGACUAGCCCAUAUGACCCUGUUGAGAACAAGGCAGCCAAGCGCUCACGCAAGAAACCUCGCAAGAACCCAAGAGACAAAAACCCACUUCUGCAGUUUGAUGAGCAGACCAUCAAGAAAGCACGGAAGAAGCAAUGGAAUGAGCCAAAGAACUGCGCUCGCAGAUAUCUGAAGGUGGACUUCGCAGAUAUUGGCUGGAGUGAAUGGAUUAUCUCUCCAAAGUCUUUUGAUGCCUAUUACUGCUCAGGAUCUUGUCAGUUUCCAAUGCCAAAGUCACUGAAACCUUCCAACCACGCCACCAUCCAGAGCAUCGUCCGAGCAGUCGGGGUUGUCCCUGGCAUUCCCGAGCCCUGCUGUGUCCCUGAGAAGAUGUCCUCACUCAGUAUCCUCUUCUUUGAUGAAGACAAGAACGUGGUCCUGAAGGUCUACCCAAACAUGACAGUAGACUCAUGCGCCUGCCGAUAAUGUCUCGGUUGAUUCUUUCACACCCCAGACUCUGCCUGAUCGCCUGAUCUUCCUGUUUAUCCCAUUCCCAUUUUGCACUGGAUGAGAGACUACAUCCCUGUAGCUACCUGAAGAUGAAUCCGUUCUAUUCCUAAGGACAACUGCUAUUUGUUAAGCUUCAAGUCUGAAUGAACUGUCUGGAAGGAAACCGCAAAUUUUGCAAAAUCCCCCACCUGAUUGAACAUGGAGUCAUUCUAUGACAUGGCUGUUAUGAACCUUUGAAGAGACUUCUUUUCUUUUUUUUUCUUCUUCUUCUGUUCUCUUUGGAUGUGUAGAUUUUUGUGUGUUGAGGAUGUAGUGAUGAACGAAAAUAUGAAUUUGUACAGUUUUUUUCUUUCUUUCACUAUUAAGCUGUUACUAUUAUGUCACAUUUACUAUAUGUAUAAUCAAUUUACUCUUAACAUUCUUAUCUAUUGCUGCUAUAUAAAAGAGAUAUAUUUUAAUGCCAAAAUAUUUUGUUUCUGAACUCAGUAUGUUGAUGCAUUUAUCAGCAGCAUUGUAAAUGAGUGAUUUAGUACGCUACUCACAAGCACCAUUUGCUGUAGACUGUUCAACAAAGUACCUUAAAGACAUAACUUAGCAUGAUAAAUAAAUUUAAAAAAUUAAGCAAUAUUUGUUUUUAUUGAUAGAGUUUGCGCACAGACCACAAUGAGAGGCCGCAUGUAGCUUCCUUUCAGUCUGAUCUCAGUCUGAGCUACAGUGUACGUACUGACCAAGUGCCCUUGUUGACUUCAUAUUGUGUAAUAACAUGGGGCCAUUAAUGUUAUCGUGCUUUUUUCUGUAAAUACCACAAAACCACUAUUUUGGCUCAGAAUACAUUGAUUUAUCAAGGAGUUGCAAUUUACCCAAGUUUCAGAAAAUGCUUACAAGCAAACCUCUGUCUGUCACUAUUAUUGUAAACUUCGUGCCAAGACAUGUUUUCAGGACAUUUUUGGAGAUCCUUAUUUACAGAUUGAGCAAAUAAAGGUCACUAAGUUUUCCUUGAAAAUGUGGAAUAAACUUCAAUAUGCCAAGUCACCAAUAAAGAAGUAUACUAAUGAUAAAGCAUAUGAAAACAUAUCCAGGCCUAUGUAUUUGUACAUAUGAUAUGGUUCUCAAAAGUGCCUUCCAAAAAAGUAUUUUACAUCUGUUUAAAAUGAGGUUUCACUUUGUAUUUGUCUAUAAAUGUGACAAAAUAUUUGUUCAAUCAUUUUGUUCAUUUCCUUCAACUUCUUAUAUUUACACCGAACUAACGCUAGCCUCUUUUCUAAUGCAUGUUAAUAAAUGUGUAUUUUCAGGUUUGACAUUUUGUACACAUGCAACAUAUGCAGAUUAAAGAAAAAUAUAUGUAAAAGUGAGCAAUUACCUUAAUAUAUAACACAAAAAUAGCAAAAAACAGAGCACUCCUUCAAUAUUUGUAUAAUAUAUUUUUACAGAAAGGCUUCCUAUAGUAUACUAUGUAAUCUAUUGUGUAAAUGAUUUAGGUGUAAGGUUGUGCUUGUAUAAUAAGCUUCAUAAGAAAUUAUAUUUGUAUAUGGAAAUGAGCUUGAAAUGCAUUUAUUUAUUUUCUGUAUGUUGCAUAUCUUGUCAGUUUUUCUUUCCAGACAAGGAAAGCCUUCACAUGAAAAAUGUAAAUGCGUUUGUAGUUACUGACUGAAAGUUUGUUUCUGUUCGCCUUCUUUUGGACAGUCCAUCAAUAAAGUUCUAUGUUCCACUGA